AGGGGUCAACGUUCCUAAGGUCGUUAACCUCCCGGCGCUGACCCAAGAUGGCGGCUACCACGUGAAAUAUUUUGUUGAUGUGAAAUAUUUUCCAGGACAGUUCUUCUCUCCCGCAAUGGACCGACUACCUGACAAUUUUGCAGACAGAAUAGCUUCCCUAUCGUGUGAACACUACGUGAGGAGGUUACCAAAGAAAGGCAAGCCUGUAGAGGGGAGAGAAUGGACUCUCAUGGCGACUGUACUCAAACAAGAUGAGGAUGGGAGUCUGGAUGUGGUUGCCAUGGGAACAGGAUCCAAGUGCAUUGGAAGGAGCAAAAUGAGACUUGAAGGGGAUGUCCUCCAUGACAGUCAUGCAGAAAUCAUUGCCAGGAGAGCCUUUCUCAGGUACCUGUAUCACCAGCUCCAGAUGGCCUACCAUGGACAGCACAGUGCUGUGUUCACGACUCCAGGUGCUGACUGCAGGUGUGGUCUGAAACCAGGUGUCAAAUUUCACCUGUUCACCAGCCACACACCUUGUGGAGAUGCUUCUAUUUUCCCCAAAGGAAGCAAGUCUGAAGAGACAAUUGACCAUGGUUUUGUGGUACGGCCUGAGAGAGUUUCACAGGCUUCACAGAACUCACCACAGCUGGGAACUCAGAAGAGAAAAGCAGAGAACGCUUGUGAUCAAGAGCAACAAAAGGCUUCAAAGAAGCUGACGACCAACAAGGAGUACCCUCAUUGUUUGCUGGGAGAAAAGGUUGGCAGCACAAGUGACAGUCAUGACAAAAAUGUUGAUGAAGGAAUUAAGUUUGAAGAAAGAACUGAAAACAAAGUGAAAGAAGGAGAUACAUUAUGUGAAAAGGUAAAGAAAACUUCUGAGCCAGAUGUUCACAGAACAGGUGCAAAGUGUGUACCAGGGGGGUUACAGGACCCCCUGCAAGGUGGACUGGACUAUCAUCAGGUGUGGGUGCUCAGGACCAAGCCUGGCAGGGGGGAGCGGACCCUGUCCCUGUCCUGUAGUGACAAGCUGGCCAGAUGGAACAUUCUGGGCUGUCAGGGAGCACUGCUGAGUCACUUCAUGACAGAGCCUGUGUACUUCUCUACCAUUGUUGUAGGGCGAUGUCCUUACAGUUCAUAUGCCAUGUACAGAGGAAUAGUGGACAGGUGUGCUGGUAUCCAGGACCUGCCACCUGCCUAUAAGCUACACCAGCCCAGGUGUGUGCAGUCAUGUCUUCAGUUCUGUCACCACAGGGAAGCUGUGUUAGAACAGAGUUCCACACCUGACAAGCUCAUGCCAGCUCCCGCAGCCAUCAUGUGGGCAGCCUUCCCAGGGAGGUGCACAGAUGUGAGUGUGAAUGGGUACAGACAGGGAACCACAAGGAAGACAAUGGGCAGUCCACAGGCAAGGGUAUUUACAUGUAGAAAGGAACUAUUUGAGACCUUCAAGCAACUUCUCAACAGUUUGUCAGUAGAAAGGAGACCUGCAUCAUUAAGGUAA